AUGGGCGCCCCGGCUUGCGCCCUCGCGUUCUGCGUGGCCGUGGCAGUCGUGACCGGCGCUGUCUCCCGGUCCCAGGGCUUGGAGCAACGCGUCGUGCGGAGAGCUGCAGAGGUCCCGGGCCCCACGCCAGGCCAGCAGGAGCUGGUCUUCGGCAGCGGGGAUACCGUGGAGCUGAGCUGCCACUUGCCCACGGGGGCUCCCACAGGGCCCACUGUCUGGGUGAAGGACGGCACGGGGCUGGCGCCCUCAGACCGUGUCCUGGUGGGGCCGCAGCGGCUGCAGGUGCUCAAUGCCUCCCAUGAGGAUGCCGGGGCCUACAGCUGCCGCCAGCACCUCUCCCAGCAUGUCUUGUGCUGCUUCAGCGUGCACGUGACAGAUGCUCCCUCCUUGGGAGACGACGAAGAUGGGGAGGACGAGGCUGAAGACACAGGAGGGGAGACAGGGGCCCCUUACUGGACGCAGCCUGAGUGGAUGGACAAGAAGGUGCUGGUGGUACCGGUGGCCCACACGGUUCGCUUCCGCUGCCCGGCCGCCGGCAACCCCACUCCAUCCAUCUCCUGGCUGAAGAAUGACAAGGAGUUCCGAGGCGAGCACCACACCGGGGGCAUCAAGCUGUGGCACCAGCAGUGGAACCUGGUCAUGGAGAGUGUGGUGCCCUCGGACCGUGGCAACUACACAUACGUCGUGGAGAACAAGUUCGGCAGCAUCUGGCAGACCUACACCCUGGACGUGCUAGAGCGCUGUCCACACCGGCCCAUCCUGCAGGUGGGGCUGCCGGCCAACAAGACGGCGGUGCUGGGCAGCGACGUGGAAUUCCACUGCAAGGUGUACAGCAGUGCACAGGCCCACAUCCAGUGGCUGAAGCACGCGCAGGUCAAUGGCAGCAAAGUGCAGCCUGACGGCACACCCUGUGUCACCGUGCUCAAGAUGGCGGACACUAACACCACCGACAAGGAGCUAGAGGUUCUGUCCUUGCACAAUGUCACCUUUGAGGACGCAGGGGAGUACAUGUGUCUGGUGGCCAGUUCUAUCGGGUUUUCCCUUCACUCUGCAUGGCUGGUGGUGCUGCCAGCUGAUGAGAAGCUGGUGGAGGCUGGUGAGGCUGGUGGUGUGUACAUAGGGGUCUUCAGCUAUGGGCUGGGCUUCAUCUUCCGCAUUCUGGUGAUGGCCACUGUGAGGCUUUACCGCUUGCAGACCCCUACGAAGAACCUGGGCUUACCUGCUGUGGAGAAGGUCUCCCGCUUCACACUCGAGGAACAGCAAGUGUCCUUGGAGUCCAGCUCAUCCGUGAGCUCCAGCACAGCACUGGUGCGGAUCCCCCGGCCAUCCUCAGAGGAGGGCCCUGCGCUGGCCGAGGUCUCCGAACUCAAGCUGCCCGCCGACCCCAAGUGGGAGCUGUCCUGGGCCCGGCUGAUGCUGGGCAGGCCUCUUGGGGAGGGCUGCUUCGGCCAGGUGGUCAUGGCGGAGGCCAUUGGCAUUGACAAGAACCGGGCCACCCAGCCAGUCACAGUGGCUGUGAAGAUGCUGAAAGAUGGUGCCACGGAUAAGGACCUGUCAGACCUGGUGUCCGAGAUGGAGAUGAUGAAGAUGAUCGGGAAACACAAGAACAUCAUUAACCUGCUGGGUGCCUGCACACAGGGCGGACCCCUGUACGUGCUGGUGAAGUACGUGGCCAAGGGCAACCUGAGGGAGUACUUGCGGGCAUGGCGGCCCCCGGGCAUGGACUACGCCUUAGGUACCUGCCGGGUGCCCGAGGAGCAGCUCACUGUCUGCGACCUGGUGUCCUGUGCCUACCAGGUGGCGCGGGGCAUGGAGUACCUGGCCUCGCAGAAGUGCAUCCACAGAGACCUGGCAGCCCGCAACGUGCUGGUGACCGAGGACAACGUGAUGAAGAUCGCAGACUUCGGCCUGGCCCGCAACAUGCGCAAUCGUGACUACUACAAAAAGACCACUGACGGCCGCGUGCCCGUGAAGUGGAUGGCGCCAGAGGCUUUGUUUUACGGCUUCUACAGCCACCAGAGCGAUGUCUGGUCCUUCGGGAUCCUGCUCUGGGAGAUCUUCACGCUGGGGGGUUCUCCGUACCCCGGCAUCCCUGUGGAGGAGCUCUUCAAGCUGCUGAAGGAAGGCCACCUCAUGGACCAGCCAGCCGACUGCACGCAAGAGCUGUACAUGAUCAUGCGUGAGUGCUGGCAGGAAGUGCCCUCACAGAGGCCCACCCACAAGCAGCUGGUGGAGGACCUGGACCGCGUGCUCACCGUGACGUCCACCGACGAGUACCUGGACCUGUCGGUGUUGUUCGAGCACUCGCCCGGCGGCCAGGACACCCCCAGCCCCAGCUUCUCUGGGGACCACUUCGUGUUAAUCUACAACCUGCUGCCCCCGGCCCCACCUGGCAGUGGGGGCUCACCCCAAUCAAUCGCUCCCGGCCCCAAGCCCCUCCAGCCUGCCAGAGACCCCGUGUUUAUGCCCAGCGCUCGUGAGAUACGCAGCGCUAGUGGCGGGGACGGAAAGGAGGCCAGCGAGGGCCAGAGCCUGGAGGGCGCUGCGCCCCGCCUCUACACGCGGUCCAGCCCCUCCUCUUCUGCCCCGCCCUUUGCCCGCCUGGCCCCUCCUCCACCCGCGGUCCCGCCCCUUACCCCGGCCCCGCCUACCCCCUCGGCCCGCCUGCCUCUCAAGAGUCUUCUCUGA